CCGCGGCCGCCAAGGUGGCAUCGACAUUUCCCAUAAGUUGGCCGUUGCGCCCGAUCGGCUUUCGCUUCGUCUCCUCCUGCUGCACCGGCCCUCCUUCCGUCGAUCUCGCUCGAUCCUCCUCCAUCGCCCGAGCAACCAGCACAUCGCCACAGCCAUGGACCAAGAAAAGAUUAUGCAAUUCGUCUCCGGACCGAUCGGAAACCUCGUCCUGGUCUUCGGCCUCAUGAAGCUGGGUGACCUCUACAAGCUCGAUGCUCCUGAGAAUGCCCUGUACAUCCGAUUAGGCUACGGUCUCUGCCAGGUCGUCAUCCUGGCCGCCCUGGCCAUCACCUGGCAGCGAAUCAACCAGAAGAAAGACCAGACCGCCCUCGUCUACGUCAAGCAGAACAACCCUCUUGAUGCCAAGGACGUCGAGACCAUCAAGACCACUGUCUAUGAAUACGACAAGGAGCAGGCCCUGGCUUUCUUCAAGCAGACCGCCAUGUCGGUCGCCAUCGUCGUCGCCAUGCACUACUACUGGGGCUACCUCCGCCCGCUGUUCCUCCAGAGCAUUCUCGGCUACAAGCCCAUCUUCACCACCCAGAUCUUCCGCAUCCAUCUCCUGGGCCAGCCCGCCACUGGCGAUCUCGUCCGACCCUGGAAGCAGGCCAACCCCUUUGGCCUGGACGCUCCCACCAACGACACCAGCGCCAAGGAGCUCAAGCAGCGAGAGAAGAAGGAGGCCAAGAAGAAGAUCAACCGCAUCGAUUAAGCUCGGUGCCGGUGCCGCGAUGGUUCUGUUGCUCAUGUCUGGCUAGUCGAGAUCCCCUCCUGCCCAUGUUCCCCAUGAUUUCUUUUCUAUUGAAUCUGUGAAUUGCCACUCUCCACAUCGCCCCUCCGAGCGAUACUGAGCGAACCGGGCGUGUGUGUGAAUCUGGAGCAGGAUACGGGCAGAGCGAUUGAGCAAGCGUUCGGGGGGAGAUGCAGACGCUGGUUUGGUGCUUUGUAUGAGAGGGAUGGAGAGAUGAACGGGAGUGGGCUAUACUGCUAUUCGGUGCUGCCCAAUCUGAAAGAAAAAAAAAAAAAAAACAGCCGGUGAAUUGGUCCCGGGUUCUCAAAA